AUGCAGCCGCCUCUCCCAGUCGAUGUGGUGCGAGAGCUGGUGUGUUCCUGUUUGCACAGGGACCCUGUGGCCGCUGAUCUCCGGUGCAGCCUGUUCGUUGCAGCAGCUCAAACCUACAAGAGAGACUCUCUCCUCAGACCCUUUCCCCCACGAUACAUCAGUGGAGACAACAAGGACUUUGAGGAACUGUUGGCUGAUGUGAAGUCACUCCCUGGUGUGAGGGACUUGGUGAGGCUGCGACCUGGAGAAGGAGAUCAUCAUUUAGCUCUUACGCACUGGAUCCUCUCUUCAAAGAGUUUGGCUAUAAAAACACUGGAGAAAGAUGAGUAUGCUCAUCUGUGCAACCUGACACAAAAUGAGGGCUUCUCAGGGCCACCUCCAGACUUCCUGUUUGAGAUUGAAUACAACGACCAGCUAAAUGCCCGGUUUGAGAAAACAAGGGCUGGGCGAGACACUUUCUAUGCAUUCCAUGGAAGCCGCCUAGAAAACUUUCACUCUAUCAUUCACAACGGGCUCCACUGUCACCUCAACAAGAACUCUGUGUUUGGAGAGGGCACCUACCUGACCAGUGACCUCAGCAUGGCGGUGCUGUACAGCCCACACGGCAGCGGCUGGAGGGAGAGUCUGUUGGGUUCACUGCUCAGCUGCGUUGCUUUGUGUGAAGUCAUUGACCAUCCUGAUGUCAAGUGUCAAGUCAAGAAAAAAGACUCUGAAGUUAUUGACCGACAGAGAUCCAGAGCAAAGAACAGUGAAGGUGGAGAUGUGCCACAGAAAUACUUUGUUGUCACAAACAAUCAACUGUUGCGGGUCAAGUAUCUGCUGGUGUACUCUCAGAAAAGGCAUCUGUCACGAAACUCCCGGGGCUCGUCGUGGCUCCUCAGACACCACUUUGCCGUCAUGAUGAGUCUGUACCUUCUGCUGCUGCUCCUGAUCGGUGCCUUCAACUCCAGCGCGUUCAUUUCUUUUUGGAAAAGACUGUUCAGGUGA